AUUACUUGACCGGUUUAGCACAAGCAACAAGUCAUUAACAGGAACACUCUACCUUACAGCAACACAUCUAUUAUUUAUAGAUUCCCUUCAGAAAGAAACUUGGAUAUUGCAUCAUCACAUUGCUGCAGUAGAGAAACUUGCUUUGACCACUUCUGGAUGUCCCCUUGUGAUUCAGUGUAAGAACUUCAGGAUUGUGCACUUCAUUGUUCCAAGAGAAAGAGAUUGCCAUGAUAUUUACAACUCUCUGCUACAACUUUCAAGACAAGCAAAAUAUGAAGACCUUUAUGCAUUUUCUUAUAAUCCCAAACAAAAUGAAUCUGAGCGAGUACAGGGUUGGCAACUCAUUGACUUGGCUGAGGAAUACAGAAGAAUGGGAAUUCCCAGUUUAAGCUGGCAGUUAUCUGAUGCAAAUCGAGACUACAAGAUUUGUGAAACCUAUCCCAGAGACCUUUAUGUUCCCAAGACAGCAAACAAGCCAAUAAUUGUUGGUAGUUCCAAGUUCCGGAGCAAAGGAAGAUUCCCUGUACUGUCAUAUUAUCAUCAAGAUAAAGAGGCUGCCAUUUGCAGAUGUAGUCAACCUCUCUCAGGUUUCAGUGCCAGGUGUCUGGAAGAUGAACACAUGUUGCAAGCCAUCAGCAAAGCCAAUCCAAGCAAUCGGUAUAUGUAUGUCAUGGACACCAGACCUAAACAUCGCAUGCAGAGCUGGUGGGCUUCAAAAAAGGACAUUGGCAGAAUUGUAGUGAGGAUUUCUUCAAAAAUCUGGAGAGAUGAAAAAAUAAGAGAAAGCGAUGAGAAAGCCCGACUGAAUGCUAUGGCUAACAGAGCAGCUGGAAAGGGCUAUGAAAAUGAAGACAACUAUUCCAACAUUAGAUUCCAGUUUGUUGGAAUUGAAAAUAUUCAUGUAAUGAGAUCUAGUCUGCAGAAACUAUUAGAAGUUAAUGGGACAAGAGCUCUCUCCGUGAAUGAUUUUUUUUCAGGUUUAGAGAGCUCUGGAUGGCUUCGACACAUCAAAGCUGUCUUGGAUGCUGCUGUCUUUUUAGCCAAAGCAAUAGUGGUUGAAAGUGCAAGUGUGCUGGUACAUUGUUCUGAUGGUUGGGACAGGACCUCUCAAGUGUGUUCCCUUGGAGCUCUUUUAUUGGAUUCCUAUUACAGAACAAUCAAAGGAUUUAUGGUUUUGAUAGAGAAGGACUGGAUCUCCUUUGGACAUAAAUUUUCAGAUAGGUGUGGCCAUUUGGAUGGUGACCCAAAGGAAGUUUCGCCAGUGUUUACUCAGUUUUUGGAAUGUGUGUGGCAUUUGACAGAACAAUUUCCACAAGCUUUUGAAUACAAUGAAGCAUUUCUUCUUCAGAUCCAUGAACAUGUUCAUUCAUGCCAAUUUGGAAAUUUCCUUGGGAAUUGUCAAAAAGAAAGAGAAGAUCUCAAGUUGAAAGAGAAGACUUACUCCUUGUGGCCAUUCCUUUUGGACGACCAAGAAAAGUACUUAAAUCCUUUGUACUGUCCUAGUUCUCAGAAAUUUACAGUACUAGAGCCCAAUACAGUGCCUUUCAACUUUAAGUUUUGGAGAAAUAUGUACCAUCAAUUUGAUCGAACAAUGCAUCCUCGACAAUCUGUAGUUAAACUGAUUAUGAACAUGAAUGAUCAAAAUAAACAACUAGAGAAGGAAAUUAAAGAACUAGAGUCUAAAAUCAAACACCAGAAAAACAGGCAGACUGAAGUUCUCAACAAGGAAUCUUUGCGCUCUAUUCAUCCUGACUCUCCAGCCCUCAAACCUUCCCUGUGUUUCAAGAAAGAGCAGACCCUGUUACCUGGGAAUGAUGCUAUUCGAACUAUAGAGGGCAGCAACACAGCAGAUAAUCGCUAUAGUGAAUAUGCAGAAGAGUUUUCCAAAACUGAACCUGCAGUUGUCAGUUUGGAGUAUGGAGUAGCAAGAAUGACCUGUUAGUUAUUACUGAGUGAAAAGAAUAUCUUUUUCAAUGGAUUGAAAUACAAGAGAUGGAUUAUUGUAAGGAUGGUCUGUGCUGCAUGACCAAAAGCUAAUUUAUCUAAUGUUAGGUUUUAGAGUACAACAGCAUGCAAAUAGCUCCUUUGAGGGUAAUAAGCGGUCUGAUUUCUUUUUUAGAAAGGAGUGACAUUUGUGAUAAAAAAGAAAUGAGUGGUGUUUGAGAGAUAUUAAUAAAAAUGCAAUUUGCACUAUAGCCUUGAAAAUUGAUGUUAGUUUAUGAUGUUAUAAGUUCAUUCUAGCUAGAUGAUCCUAUGUUCUGAUGAACACAAAUAACCUUAAUUUUAAUUGGGGAAAAAUCAACAAAAUGAUCUUUUAUUUAUAUUCUGCAACUUAAGUGGCACAUGUACUUGUCCACAAAAAUAUAUUCUUACAAAAUUUGUCAAAUAUUGAUGUUUAAUGUUAAAUAUUCUGAACAGGGCUUUAAAAGAAGUUUCUGACUUUGUUUUCCCCUUUAAUUUUUAUAGCUAAAAAAAAUAUAUAUGUAUAUUUACUUUUGGGAGAAUUGGGUUGGGAGGGUAAUGGGAGCCCUGUUUUGUUCUUAAGAAAUUUCAUGUGAAUAUGGAAUAUUGUAAGAGUCUCAUGAUAUAAGGAGUUUUAGAAUUACAAAUGUGUUAAGUCUAAAAUUAGUAAUAAUUGAAGAUCUUUCCAUUCCUCUUAUUUAUAUAUUACCACUUUAGAUCAUUUACAUGUUAUAAUACAGAUUAUCAGUUUCAAGUGCAUGUGCCAGAAUGUUUAAGACUGUGGCUUGUACAUAUCAAUUAUUGCAUUUCAUGAAUUAUCAGCUUGCUGUAGUGAAUUUUCUUCCUUUGGUAACAAUGUGUGAGGUAUAAAGAGAAAAAAACCCACCGUGCUGUAAUACAUUUUAUUCUUUAAAGAAAUAAUGAAAAGCACAUUAUAGACUUUCAUUGAAGAAAGGUCUUAUCCUUCAAUGCUCUGCUGUUCUUUGUCUAGCUUGUUUUAACAAUGAAACAAGAGGUAUAGGCAGCUUAGGCUUUUGCUUGAAAGCAUGACUUUUAAAAAGUAAUUCACUUGUGUAUAGGAUAUUUUUCCUUCUCUUUUUAAUGAGUGGGAAAACAGUAGGAAGAGGCUUUAAUAAGAACAGAUUUGAAAGGUUUCUUUGGUAAGUUUCCUAAGAGCUUAUUCAUAGCUAAAAUAAAAUUCUCCUUUAGUCUCCCCUAUUCCUAACCAUUACAUACUUCAAAUAAUCAUCACUGUGUUUCCCAAGCAGGAGGGAAAAUCAGUUUUCAAAACUGUACUACUAACAAAUGGUGGAUGCCUUAUUUUAAGUAGUGUAUAUAAGCACAAAAUUAGGAUCUGUUUAUGGUUCACACAGUGUCCCUUGUCAUUAUGUGGAAAAAAUAGUUUGAGUUAUCACUUUAUGCAUUACAGAUUCAUUUCACCCCUCCAAGAAAGCACAGAUCACAUGCAGUUGCUAGUCUCAGCUAAUUAGGAUGCUCAAAAUUGAAGUAACAUGGUAGGGCAGAAGUUAAGAUUGAAGGGUGUUGGGGAAGCUGUCUAGGAAGCCUCCUACUUUUCCCUACUCCUGAUUCUAUUUGAUUAAUUUUAAACUUUCAGAAGCAUCUUAAGUUUUUCAAAAGGAAAAAAGCCUUAUUGUACAGGAGAGUUUAUUAUGUAAUUCCUAAAUGUCUUUCCAGAGCACAUUAUAUAAUAAGAAAAAUACUCCUUUAUAAACAGCAAAAAUAUACUGCAUAUUCAAUUUGUCCUUAGCAAUAUUCUCUCCCUUCCAUCUACAAGCAUCAGGAUUGGGAGUGUGAUCAUUUUUGUACCCAGGAACAAAGGGAAACUUUGGUGCCUUGUUACUUGCUGGUUUGUGUAUUGAAAUCUUUCAUGGCAAAUUUCUUGUAUUCAAUUUUCUGGUUUAUUAUUUUAAUCUUUAAACAUAGACAGUAUGUAUACAUACAGAAGUUACUUAGUAGCAUUCACAGUGUUUUACAGAGUAAAUAGUAAAAAUGAGAUUGUGUAUAUGUCUUGUAAAAUUAUCUUUACAUUCCGUGUGUAUGGAAAGCAUAACAUGUAUAUUUCAUAUAUAUUAUGUAGAGUUAAUUAAAUGUAUAGCUUCUAUUUUGAAAUCUUUUUUCUUUUUUUUUUUUUAACUUAAAGUGCCAGUCUGCACCAUUCCUUAUCUCCCCAUGUAUGUUAACAUAAGACAAAAAGAGCCAAUUAAAGAAUCAGGAAG